AUGGCUGCCCAGCUUGUCGCCGCCCUCGUCCUGCUCCUGCCGCUCGCCGGCGCGUCCGACUACGAUGGCUUCAUCCGGCAGGUGACCGACGGAGGCUCCCGAGCCUGGCCGGGGCUGCUCACGGAGGCGCAGUUCGCGGCGUUCGUGAGGCGGCACGGGCGGCGGUACUCCGGGCCCGAGGAGUACGCGCGGCGGCUGCGCGUGUUCGCGGCCAACCUGGCCCGCGCCGCGGCGCACCAGGCGCUGGACCCCUCGGCGCGGCACGGGGUCACGCCCUUCUCCGACCUCACGCGGGAGGAGUUCGAGGCGCGCUUCACGGGAGUCCGCGCCGGCGGAGACGUCCAGCGGCUUGUGCGGGGGAGCAUGCCCGCCGCCGCGCCGGCGCCGGAGGAGGAGGUGGCGCGCCUGCCGGCCAGCUUCGACUGGCGCGAGAAGGGCGCCGUCACCGGCGUCAAGACGCAGGGCGCGUGCGGGUCGUGCUGGGCGUUCAGCACGACGGGCGCCGUGGAGGGCGCCAACUUCCUCGCCACCGGGAAGCUCCUCAACCUAAGCGAGCAGCAGCUCGUCGACUGCGACCACACGUGCAGCGCGGUGGCGCGGAACGAGUGCAACAACGGCUGCGCCGGCGGGCUGAUGACGAACGCGUACGCGUACCUGAUGGAGUCCGGCGGGCUGAUGGAGCAGCGCGAGUACCCGUACACGGGCGCGCCGGGGCCCUGCCGCUUCGACCCGGCCCGCGCUGCCGUCCGCGUCGCCAACUUCACCGCCGUCCCCGCCGGCGACGAGCGCCAGACCCGCGCGGCGCUCGUCCGCCGCGGCCCGCUGGCGGUGGGGCUGAACGCGGCGUUCAUGCAGACGUACGUAGGCGGGGUGUCGUGCCCGCUCGUCUGCCCGCGGGCGUGGGUCAACCACGGCGUGCUUCUCGUCGGCUACGGCGCGCGCGGCUUCGCGGCGCUGCGCCUGGGCUACCGCCCCUACUGGAUCAUCAAGAACUCGUGGGGGGAGCAGUGGGGGGAGCGAGGGUACUACCGCCUCUGCCGCGGCAGCAACGUCUGCGGCGUCGACAGCAUGGUCUCCGCCGUCGCCGUCGCGCCGCCGCCGUGA